AUGGCAAUGGAAUAUAUCAAUUACAUCAAGGCCAAGGCCCAUCUUGUAACGGCACGCAAGUCAGAGGCACCAGUGCUAUCCGACGAGGAUGAGAAGUUCCUGGACCAUAUUACAUCUCAGGAAAAUCCUCCUCCGCUCCCAGCCCGGCCCGGGGCGCUGGCAGUAGUCAAGGAUGCACAGGUCGCUCUUAUGGACGGGGCCCAGAACAUACCUCUGCCUCCCGAGACUCCAAAUGAACUGAGCGAGGAACCUGCCAUGAUCCAAGAAGACGCAACCGGCACGACAGAAGAUGCUCCAUCCAAACCCAAGGCCACCUGGAGCUGGCUCAGACGGGACAGUCGAGACGUCAAACGCCAAAAGAACGAAGCCACUGCCUCUGGCCUAGAAGACAUCGCUGCGAGCCUUAGAAAGCGCGAACUAGAAGACAGUGAGGAAGAAAAACAGGCCAAGCAGGAAGAAGAGGACAUGACCAUCGUGCUGGAACGGCUCAAUCUGGCGGCAGUCAACAAUCGAGUCUUCUCCAUCAGUGAUGAAACGCAAGAGCUGCUCCAGAAAUUCAAUCUGGUCUUCAAAGACCUGGUCAACGGCGUGCCGACCGCGUACGACGACCUGGAGAAAUUGCUGACGAACGGCGACCGGCAGUUGCAGAAGACGUUCAAUUCACUGCCCAGCUUUUUGCAGAAGCUCAUCGAGAGACUCCCUGAGACCAUGACCAAGGGUUUCGCGCCUGAAAUGAUGGCGGCCGCGGCUGAGCGGGCUCAGAAGAGCGGGGUUAAUAUGGAAAAUGCUGGCAAGGCAGCUGCAGCGGCGAAAAAGAUGGGGUUUAAGACACCGUCCUUGAAAGAAUUGGUGGGUAAGCCUACCGCCAUCACAGCCGCGCUCAGGUCAAUCAUGAAUUAUCUCCGGGCGCGGUUCCCGGCUUUCAUGGGUAUGAACGUGCUGUGGUCGUUGGCAAUGUUUGUGCUACUCUUUGUCUUCUGGUAUUGUCACAAACGGGGUCGCGAGGUCAGGCUGGAGAAAGAACGCAAACUCACAGAAGAGGAGGUGCAAAAGCUGGACAUUGACUACAAGGCCGAGCACCCGGAUGAAUUUCCGACGACGACUGCCGAGAAGGGGGCCUCCAUCCAAGAUGUGCAGGCUGGCAUGGAGGAGGUUGAGGCCGCAAAGAAAGCGGUGGAGGUGGCAGAGCAACCUGUGGAAGUGGAGCCCAAGGUCAUUCCUCCAACGACAGUGCCGGCGUAA